AUGCCUCCGCAAAUCAAGCAAGAUCUUAACCGCUCCGGCUGGGAGUCUACAGACUUUCCAUCCGUUUGCGAAAACUGCUUGCCAGAAAACCCAUACGUCAAGAUGCUCAAAGAAGACUAUGGCGCCGAAUGCAAAUUGUGUACGAGACCAUUCACGAUUUUCAGCUGGAGCGCGACGCGCGCGCAAGGACGACGCAAAACCACCAUGAUCUGCCUAACAUGCGCCCGUCUCAAGAACUGCUGCCAGAGCUGCAUGCUCGAUCUGUCCUUUGGCCUGCCCAUUGCCGUGCGCGACGCUGCCCUCAAGAUGGUCGCCCCCGGCCCGCAGUCCGACAUCAACCGAGAAUACUUCGCGCAAAACAACGAGAAGCUUAUCGAAGACGGCAAAGGCACCGAAGAGUACGAAAAGACGGACGAAAAGGCGCGCGAGCUCCUGCGACGUCUCGCUGCGAGCAAGCCAUACUUUAGAAAGGGCAGGGCCGUGGAUGAGACGGAGCUGGCUGGCGCAAGCACCGGUGGCGACGCCGCCGUCGGCGCUGGUGUCGGCGGACCCGGGCCGAUUCGAACCAAGGACUCGAGGGCUGCCCGAGCAGCGGGCGCGAGAACUGGCAACGGCAAGGGCCGCGCCGCGUUCCCCAGCACUGCGCAGCUGCCGCCAAGCCCCCGCGACUGGCUACCGCCCGACGACAAGAACAUCAUGUCGCUCUUUGUGACGGGAGUGGAGGAUGACCUGCCCGAAUUCAAGCUGCGCGAGUUUUUCAAGGCUCACGGCAAAAUCAAGAGUCUUGUCUGCUCGCACAUGUCGCACUGCGCCUUUGUCAACUACGAGACACGAGAAGCAGCAGAAAAGGCGGCGGCGGCUUGUCAAGGUCGCGCAGUCAUCGCUGGCUGCCCUCUGCGCAUUCGCUGGGGGCAGCCCAAGGCUAUCGGCACGAUGGAUAAGGAUCAGCGUGCCGAGAUGCUCCGCGAUGCGCGCAUUCGACAGGCGGCCAGAACACGGCAACAAGGAACCAUCGAAGGUGGACAGGAGGCGUCGUCGUCAUCGUCGUCGGCAGGACCAGUAGCUGCGCCUCCUGGUGGCGAGGAUGCGCCCAACUAUGCCAGCUUGGCUGGUGAAUGA